GCGGACGCGCUCGUGCUCGGGAACUAUCGGAUUAAACUUGGAUCGAGUGAAAUUACACAAAGGAGCGCCGCGGAGGAGGGGACCCGGGGUCCGGAGACCCUGAAACUAGCCAGAGCCCUGUCCGCCCCGGCCAACUCCGCGCCCGAGCAUUCAGCCCCGGCCGCGGCCGCUGAGCCAACUCCGGAGCCCUCUCUGCGUUUUGUUUUCCCCUCGGCGCCCGCAGCUGUGGAACCCCAACGACCCGGACUUCUCUCUAGACUUUGCCUGAUACUGCACAGUCCAAGAGAAUUAAGAAAAUAUGGAAUGACAAGACGAAGAUUAGUUAAGGAUUAUAAGCUUUGAGGACAGACACCUCAGUGAAUUGAAGCACAGAAAAUCUCCCUAACUGAAGUUUGGAGGAGCCGUGUGUUGGCAGAAGAUGGCCGAUCCAGGAAUGAUGAGUCUUUUUGGUGAGGAUGGGAAUAUCUUCAGUGAGGGCCUCGAAGGCCUUGGAGAGUGUGGUUACCCUGAAAAUCCGGUCAACCCCAUGGGCCAACAGAUGCCAAUAGACCAAGGCUUUGCCUCUCUGCAGUCAUCCCUUCAUCAUUCUUCCACAAAUCAAAAUCAAACCAAGUUGACCCAUUUCGAUCACUAUAAUCAAUACGAACAGCAAAAGAUGCAUUUGAUGGAUCAGCCAAACAGAAUGAUGAGUAGUGCCCCUGGGAAUGGACUUGGGUCUCCUCAUUCGCAGUAUCACACCCCUCCUGUUCCUCAAGUCCCUCAUGGUGGCAGUGGUAGUGGCCAGAUGGGUGUCUAUCCUGGCUUGCAGAAUGAGAGGCAUGGGCAAUCUUUCGUGGACAGUGGCUCUAUGUGGGGACCACGGGCUGUUCAGGUGCCAGAUCAGAUACGAGCUCCCUACCAGCAGCAGCAACCGGCUCCGUCAGGUCCCCCUGCACACAUACAGCAGAUAGGGAGCUAUAUGACACGUGGGGACUUCUCGAUGCAGCAGCAUAGUCAGCCCCAGCAGAGGGUGAGCCAGUUUCCCCAAGGCCAAGAGAGCCUUAGUCAGGGGAAUCCUUUCAUUGCCACCUCAGGAACCGGCCACUUGUCCCAUGUACCCCAGCAGAGCCCCAGCAUGGCCCCUUCUCUGCGCCACUCUGUGCAGCAGUUCCAUCACCACCCAUCUACUGCUCUCCAUGGAGAAUCUGUUGCCCUCAGUCCCAGAUUCUCCCCUAAUCCUCCUCAACAAGGGACUGUUAGGCCACAAACCCUUAACUUUACUUCUCGGAGCCAGACAGUCCCCUCACCUACUAUAAACAACUCAGGGCAGUAUUCUCGAUAUCCUUACAGUAACCUAAAUCAGGGAUUAGUUAACAGUACAGGGAUGAAUCAAAAUUUAGGCCUUACGAAUAAUACUCCAAUGAAUCAGUCCGUACCAAGAUACCCCAAUGCUGUAGGAUUCCCAUCAAGCAGUGGUCCAGGACUAAUGCACCAGCAGCCCAUCCACCCCAGUGGCUCACUUAACCAAAUGAACACACAGACUAUGCAUCCUUCGCAGCCUCAGGGAACUUACGCCUCUCCACCUCCCAUGUCACCCAUGAAAGCAAUGAGUAACCCAGCAGGCACGCCUCCUCCACAAGUCAGGCCUGGAAGUGCUGGAAUGCCUAUGGAAGUUGGGAGUUAUCCAAAUAUACCCCACCCUCAGCCAUCUCACCAGCCCCCUGGGGCCAUUGGAAUUGGACAGAGGAAUAUGGGCCCCAGAAACCUGCAGCAGCCCCGUUCAUUCAUGGGCAUGUCCCCAGCACCGAGGGAGUUGACUGGGCACAUGAGACCAAAUGGCUGUCCUGGCGUUGGCCUUGGUGACCCACAAGCAAUACAGGAGCGAUUGCUCCCGGGCCAGCAGCAUCCUGGUCAGCAGCCAUCCUUCCAGCAGUUGCCAUCUUGCCCUCCAAUGCAGCCCCACCCGGGGGUGCACCACCAGUCUUCACCCCCACCACAUCCUCACCACCAGCCAUGGGCACCACUCCAUCCCUCACCCCAGAACACGCCGCAGAAAGUGCCUGUGCAUCAGCAUUCUCCAUCGGAGCCCUUUCUAGAGAAAACAGUGCCGGAUAUGACUCAGGUUAGUGGACCGAAUGCUCAGCUAGGGAAGAGUGAAGAUUACCUGCUGUCAGUUGAACAGCAGCCGCAGCAAAAGAAGAAGAAAAAGAAAAACAAUCACAUUGUUGCAGAGAAUCCCAGUAAAAGUUGUGGUAAAGAUGACUUCCCUGAUAACCAAGAACUAAAUAGGAACUUUCUAGAUGGGUCCCAAGACGAAAAAAAGAAAAAGAAAAGGCUGAAAGCAAAAAAAGAUCCGAAGGAACCGAAAGAACCCAAGGAGAAAAAAGAGCCCAAGGAACCCAAGGCCCCGAAAGCCCCUAAGAUUCCCAAAGAGCCAAAGGAAAAGAAAGCAAAAACUGCCACGCCAAAACCCAAAUCCAGCAAAAAGUCAAGUAAUAAGAAACCUGAUUCAGAAGCAAGUGCUUUGAAGAAAAAGGUCACCAAGGGGAAAACAGAAGGUUCUGAAAAUUCAGACUUAGAAAAAACACCCCCACCAUCUCCUCCUGAAGACGAUGAUGACCCAGGUGUUCAGAAGAGGCGUUCCAGCAGACAGGUGAAGAGGAAGCGCUAUACUGAAGACUUGGAAUACAAGAUUUCGGAUGAGGAGGCAGAUGAUGCAGAUGCUGCUGGAAGAGAUUCCCCGUCCAACACCUCACAGUCAGAACAGCAGGAAUCUGUUGAUGCAGAAGGUCCAGUGGUAGAAAAAAUCAUGAGUAGUCGUUUAGUCAAAAAACAGAAGGAAUCUGGAGAGGAGGUAGAAGUUGAGGAAUUCUAUGUGAAAUACAAAAACUUCUCUUACCUUCAUUGUCAAUGGGCAUCUGUAGAAGAUCUGGAAAAAGAUAAGAGAAUUCAGCAAAAGAUUAAACGAUUUAAGGCAAAGCAGGGCCAGAACAAAUUCCUUUCAGAGAUUGAGGAUGAGCUCUUUAAUCCAGAUUAUGUGGAGGUAGACCGGAUCAUGGACUUUGCACACAGCACAGAUGAUCGGGGAGAGCCUGUUACUCACUACCUGGUGAAGUGGUGUUCACUUCCUUAUGAAGACAGCACAUGGGAGUUGAGGCAAGAUAUAGACCAGGCCAAGAUUGAAGAGUUUGAAAAACUCAUGUCCAGGGUGCCAGAAACAGAGCGUGUGGAGCGACCUCCUGCUGAUGAUUGGAAGAAAUCAGAGAGUUCCAGGGAGUAUAAAAACAAUAACAAACUCAGGGAAUACCAGUUGGAGGGAGUAAACUGGCUACUUUUCAAUUGGUACAACAUGCGAAACUGCAUUUUAGCAGAUGAAAUGGGUUUGGGAAAAACUAUCCAGUCCAUUACAUUUCUCUAUGAGAUAUAUUUGAAAGGAAUUCAUGGCCCUUUUUUAGUAAUUGCCCCAUUGUCCACAAUCCCCAACUGGGAAAGGGAGUUUCGUACCUGGACAGAGUUGAAUGUGGUUGUGUAUCAUGGGAGUCAAGCUAGUCGUCGGACCAUUCAGUUGUAUGAAAUGUACUUCAAAGAUCCACAGGGUCGAGUGAUAAAGGGGUCCUAUAAGUUUCAUGCUGUCAUCACUACAUUUGAGAUGAUUUUGACUGAUUGUCCUGAGCUGCGAAAUAUUCCGUGGCGCUGUGUGGUCAUUGAUGAAGCUCACAGGCUGAAAAACAGGAACUGCAAGCUGCUAGAGGGACUCAAGAUGAUGGACUUGGAGCACAAAGUGCUGCUGACAGGGACCCCAUUGCAGAACACGGUGGAAGAGCUUUUCAGCUUGCUUCAUUUUUUGGAACCAAGUCGCUUCCCUUCAGAAACCACCUUUAUGCAAGAAUUUGGUGAUCUGAAAACAGAAGAGCAGGUGCAAAAACUUCAGGCUAUUCUAAAGCCAAUGAUGUUGAGACGUCUCAAGGAAGAUGUAGAAAAGAACUUGGCCCCCAAAGAAGAAACUAUUAUUGAAGUUGAACUAACAAACAUUCAGAAGAAAUAUUACCGAGCCAUCCUUGAGAAGAAUUUUACAUUUCUUUCCAAAGGUGGUGGUCAAGCUAACGUACCUAACCUUUUAAACACUAUGAUGGAGUUACGAAAGUGCUGCAAUCACCCAUACCUUAUUAAUGGUGCUGAAGAGAAAAUUUUGGAAGAGUUUAAAGAAACACACAAUGCCGAGUCUCCAGAUUUUCAGCUCCAGGCCAUGAUCCAGGCUGCUGGCAAGCUCGUGCUGAUUGACAAGCUGCUGCCAAAAUUGAAGGCUGGUGGCCACAGGGUGCUUAUCUUUUCCCAGAUGGUGCGCUGCUUGGACAUACUAGAAGACUACCUCAUUCAGAGACGGUACCCCUACGAAAGAAUCGAUGGCCGAGUCAGAGGCAACCUUCGCCAGGCAGCUAUUGACAGAUUCUCCAAGCCUGAUUCUGAUAGGUUUGUUUUCCUCCUGUGUACAAGGGCAGGAGGGCUAGGCAUUAAUCUUACUGCUGCUGAUACCUGCAUCAUCUUUGAUUCAGACUGGAAUCCCCAAAAUGACCUCCAGGCUCAGGCUAGGUGUCAUAGAAUAGGACAGAGCAAAUCUGUGAAAAUCUACAGGCUGAUUACAAGAAAUUCUUAUGAAAGAGAAAUGUUCGACAAGGCUAGUUUGAAGCUUGGGCUGGAUAAAGCUGUGCUGCAGUCAAUGAGUGGAAGAGAGAACACUACCAAUGGGGUACAACAGCUUUCUAAGAAGGAAAUAGAGGAUCUUCUACGAAAGGGGGCUUAUGGUGCACUCAUGGAUGAGGAGGACGAAGGAUCUAAGUUCUGUGAAGAAGAUAUUGAUCAGAUUCUCCUACGGCGAACACACACGAUUACCAUUGAGUCCGAAGGAAAAGGGUCCACAUUCGCUAAGGCUAGCUUUGUUGCAUCUGGAAAUAGGACAGAUAUUUCCUUGGAUGAUCCAAAUUUCUGGCAAAAGUGGGCAAAGAAGGCUGAAUUGGAUAUAGAUGCCUUAAAUGGGAGGAACAACCUAGUCAUUGACACUCCAAGAGUGAGAAAGCAGACUAGGCUCUACAGUGCAGUGAAGGAAGAUGAGCUGAUGGAAUUUUCUGACUUGGAAAGUGAUUCCGAAGAAAAGCCUUGUACCAAGUCCCGGCGACCCCAGGAUAAGUCACAGGGUUAUGCAAGGAGUGAGUGUUUCAGAGUGGAAAAGAAUCUGCUUGUUUAUGGGUGGGGACGGUGGACAGACAUCCUUUCACAUGGGCGCUAUAAACGCCCACUCACUGAGCAAGAUGUGGAAACCAUAUGCAGAACCAUCCUUGUAUACUGCCUCAAUCACUAUCGAGGGGAUGAGAACAUCAAAAGCUUCAUCUGGGAUCUGAUCACACCAACGGCUGAUGGCCAGACACGGGCCUUGGUCAACCAUUCUGGUUUAUCCGCACCGGUGCCACGGGGAAGGAAGGGCAAGAAGGUGAAAGCACAGAGCACGCAGCCAGUGUUGCAGCACGCGGACUGGCUGGCCGGCUGCAACCCAGAUGCGCUCUUCCAGGAGGACAGCUACAGGAAGCACCUGAAGCACCACUGUAACAAGGUCCUGCUGCGUGUCCGCAUGCUGUACUACCUAAGACAAGAAGUUAUAGGAGACCAAGCAGAUAAGAUCUUAGAGGGUGCUGACUCCAGUGAAGCAGAUGUGUGGAUACCUGAGCCUUUCCAUGCUGAAGUUCCUACCGAUUGGUGGGACAAGGAAGCAGACAAAUCCCUCUUAAUUGGAGUUUUCAAACAUGGCUAUGAAAAAUACAAUUCUAUGCGAGCUGACCCCGCACUGUGUUUUCUGGAACGAGUCGGUAUGCCUGAUGCCAAGGCCAUCGCUGCCGAGCAAAGAGGAACAGACAUGCUAGCAGAUGGUGGUGACGGGGGAGAAUUUGACAGAGAAGAUGAAGACCCAGAAUAUAAACCUACCAGAACGCCAUUCAAGGAUGAAAUAGAUGAAUUUGCAAAUUCUCCUCCAGAGGAUAAGGAAGAAUCCAUGGAAGUACAUUCUACAGGCAAGCACAGUACAAGUAAUGCUGAGUUAGGCCAACUUUACUGGCCUAACACUUCAACCCUGACCACACGUCUGCGUCGCCUCAUUACUGCCUAUCAGCGCAGCUAUAAAAGGCAACAAAUGAGGCAAGAGGCCUUAAUGAAGACUGACCGACGGAGACGCCGGCCACGGGAAGAAGUACGAGCAUUGGAAGCCGAAAGAGAAGCUAUAAUAUCUGAAAAACGUCAAAAAUGGACAAGAAGAGAAGAGGCUGAUUUUUACCGUGUGGUGUCUACUUUUGGGGUUAUUUUUGACCCCAUAAAACAGCAAUUUGACUGGAACCAGUUUCGAGCCUUUGCCAGACUUGACAAAAAAUCUGAUGAGAGUUUGGAGAAAUACUUCAGUUGUUUUGUGGCCAUGUGUAGGAGAGUGUGUCAGAUGCCCUCUAAACCAGAUGAUGAGCCACCUGACCUCUCUUCCAUGAUUGAGCCAAUCACAGAAGAGCGUGCCUCUAGAACUUUGUACCGCAUAGAAUUGCUGCGGAAAAUACGCGAGCAAGUUCUCCAGCACCCUCACCUGGGAGAGAGGCUAAAACUGUGCCAGCCGAGUUUGGAUUUGCCAGAGUGGUGGGAGUGCGGGAGACAUGACCGAGACUUACUAGUUGGUGCUGCUAAACAUGGGGUCAGUAGGACGGAUUAUCAUAUUCUCAAUGACCCUGAGUUGUCUUUCUUGGAUGCACAUAAAAACUUUGCUCAAAACCGAGGGGUGGGUAACAUAUCUUCCUUGAAUCCACUGGCAGUGGGACUUGGCCCCAUCCCUCCAGUCAUCUUGCCCACUCACAUUCAAGAUGAAAAAGUAUUGGAGCAACCUGAUGGUAAAGUGGAGGAAUCAGAAAACCCAACUGCCAAGGCAAAUCCCACUGAGGUGAAAGAAGAGGAAGAUGAAUUGGAUAGUGAGAAGGACAGUAAGCAGGAAUGUGAGGCUGAGACAAACACGCUGAAAAAUGACCUGAAGGGCAUGGAGGGUGGUGUGGACAUGGAGCCCAAGUCUAUUUCAGAAAAGGGUUCUGAAGAGGACGACGAGGAAAAGCUAGAGGAUGAUGAUAAGUCAGAAGAAUCUUCCCAACCUGAAGCAGGCGCUGUGUCUAGAGGGAAGAAUUUUGAUGAAGAAAGCAAUGCUUCUCUGAGCACUGCAAGGGAUGAAACUCGAGAUGGAUUCUAUAUGGAAGAUGGAGACCCUUCCAUAGCUCAUCUCCUUCAUGAACGAACCUUUGCCUUCUCAUUUUGGCCUAAGGAUCGAGUCAUGAUAAACCGAUUAGACAACAUCUGUGAAGCAGUGUUGAAAGGCAAAUGGCCAAUCAACCGGCGCCAGAUGUUUGAUUUCCAGGGCCUCCUUCCUGGGUGCACACCCACUGCCAUGGACAGCCCCUUGCAGAAGAGGAGCUUCGCAGAGCUCUCAAUGGUUGGUCAUACUAGCGUUGGUGGGAGUGAAGACAUCAUAACUUCUCAGUUAUCAAAGGAAGACACACUGAACUUACCAGUCCCACGCCAGCGACGAAGGAGGAGGAGGAAAAUUGAAAUUGAGGCAGAAAGAGCUGCCAAGCGGCGGAAUCUAAUGGAGAUGGUUGCCCAACUGCGGGAGUCUCAGGUGGUCUCAGAAAAUGGACAAGAGAAAGUUGUAGAUUUAUCAAAGGCCUCAAGAGAGGCAACAAGUUCUACCUCAAAUUUCUCAUCUCUUAAUUCAAAGUUUAUCUUGCCUAAUGUCUCCACACCAGUUUCUGAUGCCUUUAAGACUCAGAUGGAACUGCUCCAGGCAGGUCUGUCACGCACACCCACGAGGCAUCUGCUCAACGGCUCCCUGGUAGAUGGAGAGCCUCCCAUGAAGAGAAGGCGGGGAAGGAGGAAAAAUGUGGAGGGCCUUGAUCUGCUUUUCAUGAGCCACAAACGGACAUCGCUGAGUGCAGAGGAUGCUGAGGUGACCAAAGCCUUUGAAGAAGAUAUAGAAACUCCACCAACAAGAAACAUUCCUUCUCCCGGACAGUUGGACCCAGAUACACGUAUCCCUGUGAUAAAUCUAGAAGAUGGGACUAGGCUGGUGGGGGAAGAUGCACCUAAAAAUAAGGAUUUAGUUGAAUGGCUUAAGCUGCAUCCUACUUACACAGUUGAUAUGCCAAGUUAUGUACCAAAGAAUGCAGAUGUGCUGUUUUCCUCAUUUCAGAAACCGAAACAGAAACGACAUAGAUGUCGAAACCCUAAUAAAUUGGAUAUAAACACUUUGACAGGAGAAGAAAGGGUGCCUGUUGUUAAUAAACGAAAUGGGAAGAAGAUGGGUGGAGCAAUGGCCCCUCCAAUGAAGGAUCUACCUAGGUGGCUGGAAGAAAAUCCUGAAUUUGCAGUUGCCCCAGAUUGGACUGAUAUAGUUAAGCAGUCUGGCUUUGUUCCGGAGUCCAUGUUUGAUCGUCUUCUCACUGGCCCAGUGGUACGGGGAGAGGGAGUAAGCCGAAGAGGAAGGCGGCCAAAAAGUGAGAUCGCCAGAGCAGCUGCAGCCGCUGCUGCUGUGGCCUCCACAUCCGGAAUCAACCCUCUCUUGGUUAACAACCUGUUCGCUGGAAUGGACCUCACCAGUCUCCAGAACCUCCAAAGUCUACAGUCUCUCCAGCUGGCAGGGCUCAUGGGCUUCCCUCCAGGACUGGCAACAGCUGCCUCGGCUGGAGGUGACUCCAAGAACUCAGCAGCUGUGCUGCCGCUUAUGCUGCCGGGGAUGGCGGGCCUGCCUGGUGUGUUCGGGCUCAGCGGGUUGCUCAACGCCCCACUGCCUGCUGCAGGAAACACCACACCUGGCCCUGGGCUGGGAGACCCAGAGGACAGCACUGCAAAAGCAGAAGAGAAAGGCAAUGAGAAUGAAGAUGAGAACAAAGACUCUGAGAAAAGCACAGAUGCUGUUUUGGCUACUGACUCUGCAAAUGGAUCUGUUGGUGCUGCUACUGCCACGGCUGGGUUGCCCUCCAACCCACUGGCCUUCAACCCUUUCCUCCUGUCCACCAUGGCCCCUGGCCUAUUUUACCCAUCCAUGUUUCUACCUCCAGGCCUGGGAGGGUUAACACUGCCUGGGUUUCCCACGCUGGCAGGACUGCAGAAUGCUGUGGGCCCUGGCGACGACAAGCCUACUGACAAGGCUGAGGGGACACCCUUCAAAGAUGAGGAGACCUUGGAAGGCAGUGAUGCUGAGGAGAGCCUGGAUAAAACCGCUGAGUCCUCCCUCUUAGAAGAUGAAAUAGCACAGGGCGAAGAGCUAGACUCACUUGACGGGGGAGAUGAAAUAGAAAACAAUGAAAAUGAUGAAUAACCAGUACCAGUUCCAGUUAAAGUGUUUAAAACUUUUGACAAGUGGUAGUCCUACUGUUUACACUCACAGUUAAUGUUCAUACCUAGUUUUAUAAGCUGUUCUGUAACAUAGUGUAGCAAAAAAAAAAAAAAAAAAUCCAAGUCAUGUUAUACAGGUGUGUCAAAAGGUAUCUUGGUCAUUAAGUAUUGUGCAGUGCAUUAUUUAUUAUCCCUAGGAGAGAUGAAAUUUGAGAGGUGAUCAUGUCUUUUUAAGGAAACUUACAUAAUGCUCUGCUUUCUUUCUUUUUUUUUUUUCCUUUUGGUACCGUUGGUAUUAUAAUAAAAGAGCAAUUUGUAACUGAGCAGCAUCAAUAGAAGGAAGUGGUGCUGUUUAAAGGAAGUAUGAAGUUAUAUAUUUAAUUUUUUUAAUUUGAACUUUUUUGCUGUGAAGGUCAAGAUGAAAUUUAUCAUACAUAUCAUACUUGCUCAUGAUUUUCCUAUUUGACUGUAUGGGGGUUCCCACACUUGGCUCAUACACACACAAACAUACACUCUGACAAUCUCCACCUUAGGUGUGAAUGUCUCUGUCUCGAGACACAGCAAUAAUAAGGCAGCUGUUGAAUGUGAAGGGUCCCUUUGGAAAUCAACCUACUGGGAGGGUUCUUGCCAGAUAGAACUACAGUUCCAUUGUCUCGUGAUGUUGUAAUGCACUGGUAUAAACAAAUAGAUAACUAAAUAAAGAGUGAGAGAAGAAAGAAUCAGGUACCUUUUUUAAAAAAUUUAAAGGACUUUGUUACUUUAGCCACAAAGCUAAACAGCAUUACCUCAGCUCUAAACUAGCCUUGAAGUUUACAGACAUGACUUUGUAAAUGUAUUGUUUUUUUCUUUGUUGUGAAGUCCUUUUAUUUUUUUCUCUGAAAACUGCUAUCAUGUAAGAUAAAAUGUAAAUUGCUGCCAACUGUAGUAAUGAUGCUUUUAAUAAAAGUGACCCAUGAUAUGCAGAGAUGUAA